AUGUCGUUGGUGCACUUGUCAAACUUGUGUGCGCACUUGAAAAACUGCAGCCAUGUCAACAUCGCCAAAACCUCCAUCCCCUUCUCCCGUAUGCAUCUACAAGUAGCAUUAGGUCUCUACAGAGAAGGCUUCUUGUCUUCUGUUCAAAAGGGCUCCACCAGCGGUCCUGACCAGAAACCUGUCGAUGUCACUCCCGACAACAUUGCCACGCGCCGUUUGUGGGUGGACUUGAAGUACAGAAAGAACACUCCUGUGAUCAGAGAGAUCUCGAUGAUCCUGAGGCCUGGCAGAAAGGUCAACAUGACCUCCACGGAGAUCAGAGCAUUGGCUUCGGGACUAGCCGUGCGUUUUGUCCAGCCUUUGCAGCCCGCAGAGGUGAUUUUCGUGCGCACACUGCCCACGGAGAUCAUGGAGGUCCAGGAGGCCGCCAAGAAGGGCUUGGCUGGAAUGGCCUUGUGUCGUGUAAAGUAA